UUCCCUCUUUUUCUGGCGGGUUGUACGGAAGAAAGAGAGGGAGGAAUGGUGAGAGGAGACGACGAGGUCGUGGCCGAAGCCGAGACCGAAGCAGAAGCAGAAUUCCCCGAACAGUUCCGCUCCUACUCGGAGAAUGAAAAGCACUGGCAGGCGCGGCGCGCCUUUAUCGUGCGCAACGUCCCGCCGGGGGAUGGGGAGGCGCUCUCUCCGCUGUGCAUGGACCAGCUGCUCUCGCUCUCUAUGGUUUGGGCCAAUCACCUCUUUCUGGGAUGCAGCUAUAACAAAGAUCUCUUGGACAAGGUAACAGAAAUGGCUGAGGGAAUUGAAGUUGAAGAUGCACCACAUUUCACAACGCGUGAUGAAAUAAUGAAAAAGAAUCAACACUAGUGCCUAUGAGAAGAGAUCCCAGAAUUUCAUUAUGUCGUACUAUCUGCUUACAUGGAAGACUGUAAUCUGGAUACUGCAAGAAGCACCAUUUCUGUUUCUAUACUAGACACUCAUUUUAGAAGUUUUUAAAAAAUGUAUACAUCUCAGUUCAGAUUAAAGAAGAUACUAAAGACUCUUA